AAGGUCAAAAGUAUUUUAAAAAUAAGGCCGUAGGCAUUGGCAGAUUGGUAUGGUAGUGGACGUUAAGGGUCGGGUGGCGUUGUAAUGGCAAAAAGUUUGCGAAAGGGUCGGGAUUGGAGAUAGACAAGAUGGACCAACAGUAUUGCCUACGAUGGAACAAUCAUCCAGCCAACCUCACAGACGUUCUCAGCUCCUUGCUUGCCAGAGAGGCACUGUGCGAUGUAACCCUGGCUUGUGUUGGAGAGACAUUCAAGGCACACCAAACGAUACUCUCUGCAUGCAGUCCAUAUUUCGAGAGCAUUUUCCUCCAGAAUACCCAUCCCCAUCCAAUUAUAUUCCUGAAGGAUGUCAAUGAAACGGAAAUGAAGGCGUUGCUGCACUUUAUGUAUAAGGGAGAAGUUAACGUUAGUCAGCAUCUGCUACCAAUGUUCCUUAAAACAGCUGAGGCGUUACAGAUUAGAGGCCUCACUGAUAAUAGUGUUAAUAACAAGGCAGAAGAGAAAAGUCCAUCACCAGAACCAGAAACGCAAACUGGUAUUAGGCAUACUGAAUCGCCUAACCUUCAGCCUCUUCCUGAAAAGAGGAAACGAAAGGCUUCUGGCAGCUAUGACGUUUCCCUUAGUGGUCCACCCAGUGAACGGUUCAUGUCAGAUUCUCAGGCAUCGUCUCAAUGUAGUUACAAAUCGAGUCCCCCCGUGAUUCCAAAGUUAAACAAUGCCAUGGGAGGUGAUAUGGAAGAUGGUGGUCGACCUAUGUCUCCUGCAUCACAGCCACAACCUUCAAUCAAGCAAGAGCUAGAUCAUCACUUACCAGACUUCCAUGACAACAUUUCCCUCCCAGGUCAUCCAGUUGGACUGCUAGGAGAAGAAGGUGGAGCAACAACAGGCACGCUAAGCGAUGGCGUGUCAGGAGGAAUUGAAUCGUCUGAACACCAUAAUCCGCCAGAAAUGCUCGACGGACUCGAUGAUACGACACUUUUAACUCCUCAGGGCAGUGAGUGCGCGCCGCUCACGUACAUUGAGAAAGUUAAUCUGUCGGACUUUUUCGAAAAGCUGCCGUACACGUGCACUAGCAAAUGCAAACUAUGUGGUCGAGUCGUGUCGAAUCUAAAGAAUCAUUACUUGACGCACAAUCCAGGGAAUUACGUGUGCCCGCUGUGCGGCUGUCGUAGGACCCGGUUGGAUAACUUGAAGGUUCACAUUAAACAGAAACAUCCCGAUGUAUAGUUACUACUGCAGAUGUCCAGUGGCACCGUGUUGUAGGGCGUAGACCGUGAACGUGUGUGCAGAACGUCUCGUCUCUAUUCUGUCCCCAUUCUGUCCCCGAUAUCUAUGUCUCUCUCUCUCUAUCUCUCUCUCUCUUUCUCUCUCUGUGUGAACCACGGGAUGUCCGAGCGUUCGAGCAUUUACAAGUAUCUCGCGGUAACGCGUCAGUUUAUGUCGUUUCCCAAAUGUGAAGUUUUCUUUAAGAGUAUAUAUUAUUAGUAUUAUUAUUACUAUUAUUAUUAUUACCGUGAACGGUAGAAACGCGGUCGGUUAUCUGGAUAUGAAUUUUCUAACGAUGGAAGUGUCAAUACAUGUUCCCAUUACUGACGACGACCACUUGUGCAUUUCUGUGCGACGACGCAAACGAAAUAUAAUCUCUGUCGAAAUCCACGUUGCGCUCAAUCUGUCAUUUCCAAUUCACUUUAGCUGAAAAUCUUGUCCGGAUAAUCGAUAAACUGAUGCAUUAUUAGACAGACGGUAUUCCGCUGUAUUACAAGACUCUUAUUUUUAUAUCUUUCGGCGUUAAUUUCUUCUUCUUCGUUUUACAUUUUUCACAUUCUCAACUGGGAAUCGAAAAGACUUGAAGAGGCUCUGCAGUCUCGACGUUGUUCGUUACAUUAUCUAGCACGAUACGGAGAGUGCAUUGAAUUUUUUAACAAUUUCAGCGAGCACCACCGUGGUUCAUUCUAAAUCCUCGAACGCUCGGCCGUGUAUUCACCCCGAGUGGCCUCGCGCGGUCAAAGGUCGUUUCGUUUUUUCCGCCUGCCUUCGUGUCUCGUCAGUCAACGUCAAGAACCGUUGGCGUUUCGCGCGGCCCGUUCUUACACGUUCGAUGGUCUCUUAACCCGUAACUCCCGACAUUAUGCGCCGCUGCGUUGCCGCGUUCUCCUCCCGGUCACGCGAGAUGAUCUCGCUAACACGAGAUUUGAACAACGAGAACGAGAGACGAGAGACGAGAGACGGACGAGCAAUAUCGGCUCGUAAUUCUGUACUUAUCAAACCGAGCAGAACGCGGUGCGAAAUUCGCUGGGGCCGUUCCUUCGCGUAUCGGUCGCCCGAGCAAUGUGCAGUCGUUCGUAUCGACAUCAGCAUCGGUUAUCGCGAUGGAUAAGCGGAUUUCGCGAUUGACAAGCAGUCCGACGCGCGCGCGUUGUGUAUUCGUCGAUCGGACCAGCCGUCGAUAUCCACGUUCUCUGUCUGUAGUCAGAGAAGCAAACGUCGAAAUUGUAAAAGGAAAAGUCGUUCGCAGAGAGGUGACGAUGGUAGAUUUGAAGUAGUUGUUGAUCGCGAGAUGAUGAGACACUGGAAGACCUUGAGCGAAUGGAUUCGAGAGACUCUUGGUCACUGAAUUCGAACACAAUUAUCAACAUUUUAGGGGAUUUUGGUAAAACUGAAGGUUCAACGAGAAAUUUGGUUACCUGCUGAAGAGAGUACACAUUGUACACGUACUAUUGUUAAUAAUUUGUUUCUGCAACUUCUCCGUGUAUCUGUCUGCUUUUACUUUCCACUAUCUUUCACGCAACUUCUUGUGAAGAUCUAAACGAACUCUGUUGUAACCGACGUUUGUUCGUCUCUUCGACUUAUUAUAAACUUCGAACUAUUAUAAACUUGCAAUUAAAUUUCGUUCAGACCCUCCGACCUUAUUGAAAUCAGAAACAUUGAAAAUUCCGUGUGGCCUCGAUUCGAAUCGGUGGCCAGAGAGCUCCAAGUCGGGAGCCGGAGCAGCCACUCGGAUGUAUCCCGUCGUCUCAAAAUUAAUUAUCGAUCAUUCGCUGGAUAUAUAUCAUCUCGAGAUUAAUUUCAUGAAUUUCUCAGCGUUGCGCCAGCUCUCAGCUGAGAGAGAGAGAGAGACGUUGAAGGGAGAGGGAAUGACAUGGGGUGGAUAUCUUCGGUGUCGUCAGACGAGACAUAUUGUAUCGCACGUCUCUCUGGUACGAAGAACCACACCGUUCCUCGCGUUACAACUCCGUCGACCUUUAUAGACCAAGAUAUGCUGGCGUGGAGAAUUGCCAGGUUCUACAUUAGCAGAGAAACAGCCGACAGAGGCGAAAUGGAAAUUAAUAUCGCGCCCUAACUUUCACCCUAUUGGUCUUGCUCGUAACUGGUUCCUUGGUCAAAGGGCGUAUCAGCGACGUGUUUCUUUUUUUUUUUUUUGAUAAGUGUGUCUCGUCGAUGUCGGUUCGAGCAUCGCCGGUUGUAUUUAAUUACAUCGCGCGCGCAUUCUUCCUUCGUUAGCGUUUUUUUUAUUAUUCUUUUUGCCCGCGUCUUCUCGCAUCGUCCUGCCGAUGAUCGAUCGAUCUGUUCUUCCCUCCAACUUCCGCCGAGGCUACGCUCUUAUUUUUCCAACCUCGACGUUGCCUGUCGUCUGGCCGGUUGGUUAGCUAUGCAGCACGAGUCUGCUAAAUUAGCAGCUCAAAUGACCUCUUUGUUCGUGCCCUUUUGCAAAAAAUAUCCUUGCAAAUGCCGUAAAUGUCGUUUGUUAGCGGCUCGUCUCAAUUUCGUUCAACUGCUUGUUCUUCUUCGCUAUGGAAAUUUCGAUCGUUCAACGUCGACGAAAUAGAAAAUUCUUGAUUGACAAGAUAAAAAAUCAUAUUUACAGUCAUAUUUACAGUCAUAUUUACAGUGACUGCGCAAAGCAUCGGUACAUUAUGCCGAUUGUAUUUAAUAGGAGUAGUUUUAUUCUGAAAGAAGCCUGCGUGCCAAUAUACUUUUGUAACAUAUUUAUUGUCACAUCUUGGAGAAUCUAACAGUUUAAAUUGUUUGGAUUAUUUCAGUUUCGAUGCUUGCAGAAUUUCUUAUACUCUUUCUCAUUUGAAAAUGUUUCUUUCUAACAAGUUCCUCGUGCGAAAUUACACGUUUCUUCCUCGAAAUCCGUUUUCGUAAUUCCGUUUUCGUAAUCAAACAAUAAGUCGUAGUUCCAGAAAAUUAAAGGCUCGCUCUGAUUACAGAGGACUGAAACAGAAUGAAACGCUUCUAGAUUAUGCAACGUUAACGGGAAUCCUUUUU